UUUUUUUUUGUUACGAGUGACAAUUUGAUGUUGUUUUUUUCGAUGCCAACAUCAUUAGUCAAAAUAUCGUUAUAUUCGUCAAUAGAAUAAUUCGACCUGUUUUAUAUUAUUGAAUACUAAAGGGACAAAAAAAUGGCAGCUUCAUUGAAUGCAUUCGAAGAUCUAGUAGCAAACCAUUUGCAACCAUUCAUACAGUUCAGUGGCCAAAUUGGUGGACUAGUACAAGAACAGGCUCGAUUAACUAUGGAAGCAUUUAAAGAACAACGAAAAUUCAUUGAAAUGGCAUCACAAAUGGCUAAACCAUCAAAUGAUGCACAAUUGAUGCAAUUGUUGCAGCCGAUUUCACAAUUAAUCACACAGAUUCAGGAAAUUAAAGAACGAAAUCGAAAACAUGAACAUUUCAAUCAUUUGGCUGCCGUUGCCGAAGGCAUAGCUGCUAUUGGUUGGGUAACCGUUGCUCCAACACCAGCACCAUAUGUGAAAGAAAUGUGUGAUUCCGCUCAAUUUUAUACAAACAAAGUAUUGGUUGCAUUCAAAGAUAACCCAGUUAUGAUCCAUCAUAUUGAAUGGGCUAAAGCAUGGAUCAGUUUCUUGACAGAAUUACAAAAAUAUAUUCGGCAACAUCAUACAACUGGUUUAGUUUGGUCAUUGUCAGCAAUAUCAUCACAAGCCCCACCACCUCCACCACCGCCACCACUUCCCGUUGGAUUAGAUUUGGGUCCUGGUGGCGGUAAAAGCAGUGCCGAUCAAGCUAUGGAUGAUGCACGUGCUGCAUUGUUUGCAUCCAUCAAUAAAGGUGAAGAUAUAACAAAAGGAUUACGAAAAGUAACUGCCGAUCAAAUGACGCAUAAAAAUCCAUCUUUAAGACCAACAAAUAUAGUAACGGAAACGAAAAAUCUAUCUAUUUCACAGCAAACAAAAGGAGUUACACAACAACCUGAAAAACUAUGUCUAGAAGGUAAAAAAUGGAUGGUUGAAAAUUUUAAAGGACGACAAGAUUUAUUAUUGGAUGAUACUUAUUUACAACAAUCUGUCAAUGUUUAUCAAUGUGAAGAUUGUGUAUUAACUGUUAAAGGAAAAGUAAAUUCAAUCACAGUGGAUAAAUGUAAAAAAUUUGGUAUCGUUUUUGAUAGUAUCGUUUCAGUUGUCGAAUUUAUCAAUUGUCAACGGAUUAAAGCUCAGGCAAUGGAAAGUGUACCAACAAUAACAAUCGAUUUUACCGAUGGUGUUGAAUUAUAUCUUGGAAAACAAUCAUUAAAUGUUGAAAUAAUUAGCUCAAAAAGUUCAUCAAUUAAUGUUUCGGUUCCGGCACCGAAUGGAGAUUAUGUCGAACAUCCGAUACCCGAGCAAUUAAAAUCCACAUGGAAUGUUAAAGGUUUUCAUACCGAAGCUAUCAGCAAAAAUUAAUUGAUUUUCGUUACUUUUUUUUUUGUUUUGUUUUGUUUGUUGAUGAUAAAAAUAAAUGAACAAACAAUAAUGAUAUGAACAAAUGUUUUCACAUCCAGAAUCGUUCCAACAAAC